CAGAAAACGCCAUCUGAACGGCCAUGAUACGCCUGCGUUCACAUGACCACUUCCUGUUACCACGCCCAAACGCUCACUUCCUGUUGCUGACUUUGCAACUAAAAUCUUCCUGCACUCGCGUGUGCACUGCAGCUCAUAUGCAUGUGCGAAAACAUUGAUCCCACAUCACAGCUCAUUGGAUUCAAUCAUUGACGGUUUCCCGCAUCACGGAGGUGGCUGUUUUGCUGCCAGGGUCCCAGGUUAAGCAGUGGAGGAGGUCCCGGGCUCCCCCGUUAUGUAGUGGGGUGUCUCUUUACAAUCCACUUUGUGAGGAGAUAUGGGGAGUCCUGCCUCUGGCGGUAGUGUCCCUCUAUGAUGAUGAAGCUGACGAUCAGUAAAGUGACAAGUAGAGCUCGCCUCGGGGUCAUUACCAGCUUGGGCCAGAACGGGGAGAAGACCCUGGAGGUUCCAGGCUGCCUCCUGUACACAAAGACUGCAUCCCCGCCUCAUCUUACCCAUGAUACCCUGCAGACCAUCGAAGGCGUCCCGCCUGUUACUCAUGUCACGCUCUCCACCCUGGCGGAACACCAGGAGGUCCUGGAGGAAUAUAAGCACGGAGUUGGGAAGUUUGCAGGGCUAUCAGACGCUAUCCUUUAUUGCUCAGUCAGUGACCCCGUCACCCCGAACCCGCCUGGAUACAACACUAACAAGACUGUGUCCAUGUGGUGUUCAGGUGGCCGUGUGGAGGUGACGCCCCAGAAGUUCAUGUCUCUACAGCGUGCCCUGAAAGUGGACUGGUUCCAGUGCCUGUCGGACGGGGAGGUGAUGCCAGAGGGCUUCUCCCGGAAGCGGGCUAAGAAGUCGGUGGACCGCUCUCUGGGGUAUCUAGAUGAGUGCCUCCAGCUGCUUGCCGAGAGCGAGGAGCUGAAGCAGAAGGUUGUGAUUGGAGCCAUUGAAGGAGGAGACCUCCUGGAAGAGCGGCUGAGGUCAGCGCGUGAGACGGCAAAGAGACCCGUAGGUGGCUUCCUGCUGGAUGGAUUUCAGAAGAACACCAUGAGCCAAGAGACCAAGCUGAAGCUCAUUUCAUCGGUCACGGAAGAGUUACCGGAAGACAAGCCCCGACUCAUUCAUGGUGUCGGGCGGCCGGAUGAGGUUCUAGACUGCAUUGAGUGCGGGGUGGACCUGUAUGACAGCAGUUUCCCGUACGAGGUUACAGAGAGGGGAUGCGCUCUGUCCUUUAACCACCACUACCAGCCGGACCCUGAGACUGCAGGUGGACAUCAGAGUCCUGACAAUGUCCCAGUGUCUUAUGUUCUAGACAAGGAGGAAAUCUGCAAUGGGGAUAGGAACGGUGAUGAAGAGAAGGAGGAUCCAGAGAUUGAUCGUUCCAAAAUGACCUCAUACGAGAUCUGCCUGUGGGAGAAAAGGUUCCGCGAAGACUUCAGACCGCUCCUCCCGGGCUGCACAUGUUAUUGUUGCCGCAAUCACAACCGCGCAUACGUCCACCACCUCCUGACAUCUAAGGAGUUACUGGCGGGUAUUCUCCUCAUGAUCCACAACUUCCAGCAAUACUUCAGCUUCUUCCGCUCGGUGCGGGAAGCUCUGAGAGACGGGAAACUCGAAGUUCUGAAGCAGAUGGUCCGGAGACCGACGUCCUGAGCCAGAGACAAACCUUCCGUCUGAGACUAUCAUCCAGUUUUUAAUAUUUUCUCUGUUAUGUACAAAUACAUUAAAACCUCCUAGACUUUGUAAAA